CAAAGCAGGAACCAACCAUGGUCUGGCGCAGGACACAACCCUUGUUUCCAGUUUUAGCUGAUAAAUGGUUUAAACUUGUCGGAUGCGAGAGGAAAGUGGCAUACCUGGAGAAAGCCCAUAGACAUGUCGUCACGCUGAUGAAUCAAGGACGGAGCGCUCGGGUUUCUUCCAAGUGAUCCAGUCACUCGCUCUGCCUUUCUGCGCCGGCGCGUUUCGCCCCUAGCGAGUCUGCUUAACGCUCGGAGCUUCACGACGCCGCGAUUGGGCGCGUGCCCCGGCGUUUUAGCGGCACCCGGCAGUCCUGGUAAUCGACAGUUUCUGCCCCGAAGGAAUGCUAAAAAUAGACUGUCACCUCCGGAGACCCGAAGAAGUAAAAACGCAUCCACUGAAGACUCCUUGGAUGGAGAGCCGCAAGUCGCACGGCUUCCUCGAAGUUUGCGGGAUCAAAAAUUGGUAAAGCCAUUGUCUGUUAACACUGGUUGCUUUGUCCUGUAUGCCAAAUUGUCUCAUGACGUCACUGCGGGCCUUUAAAAGAGCCACAUGGCAGAGAUGAAAGAAAUGGCUGGCAGGAGCUGUCCUGGCACAGAUGCAUUGAAGACAUGUGACACCGAGCUGGCUGGUCAGAUCUCACAGCUGCACAUGAUGGUGGCAGAGCUGAAAGCAGGCUUUGGAGAUGCUGUGGUUCAGCUGAGCAGCAUUCAGCACUAUGACAGCGUCUUGCAGCAGCGUAUUGACCAGACAAGGUGGGACUACAGCCAGGAGAUUCAGCAGCUGAGAGAUUUGGUUUACGGUCUAAAGGAUGACUUGGGAGAUGCUAUGCGUCAUAUUGGACUUGUCAGUGACUUACAGAAACGCCUCCAGCAGGACCUGGAGAUAAUAAAACAGGACAGAGUACGAACACCUGUAGUGACAGAACGUCAAAGCUGCAGUAGGGAACCUUUCUCUGGGAAUCUAUUUGAAUUGAACCCUUCUUCAAGUGGGAACAGGCCGACUUGUUCUUUUUUAAACGCACUUAUUCCAGGACAUCGUCAGAGUCAAGAAGCCCUCCCAUCAAAUCAGAAUACUUACCUGUUUUCCCUGGAUACAACGGGCACCAGCCCACAUUUCCCAGCACCCUUUCACAUUCAGGGAUCAAGGCAGAAUAUUGAAAGACCUUCCUCGACAUGUGGAAUUAAGAAGCUACCAGGAUGUGCUUUGGGCUCUAGGACAGACCCACAAUUGGAGUGGUUUGUCAAUGAAGGUGGGAGAUCACAAGCUGUCCUUGAGUUACUUUACUCAGAGCAAAAGUAUGUAUCCUGUCUGUCAGAGCUCCAGGUCACCUUCAUCAAGGCUCUAGAAGCUUUGCCCCAAAGCCACGAAGUCAGUGAUGUGUUCCUUGCCUGCUUACAUCAAUUAUCACAGCACCACAAACUGCUGAGAAACACAUUUGAGAGCAGGAUCUUCAGCCACAGGUGGCAAGGAAUUGUGGGAGAUAUUCUUGCCCAGCUAACCAACAGAGAUGAUGGUAAUUUUCUGGACAUCUAUUUGACAUAUUUCAGAAUUUUCCCAUCAUGUCACUCAUUGUUCUGUUUGUCAAGGGAUCAAAAUUACAGAUCAUUUGCCCAGUGCAAACAAAAGCAGCUGGAGAGCCUGAUGUCGGCUCCUCUCUCUAGGAUUUCCUCAUAUCUGUCACAUGUUCAGAAUAUAUCUAGAUGGACACACAAUGAGCACCCUGACCACUAUUUUUUGGGCCUGAGUGAGAAGAGACUUCAGGAGUUUCUCCGCUGUUCUCACAUCUUCCUGAAGGAAGCCUGCAGCCAAUUUAACCAGUGGCCUACAGAGGGCAGCCAUACUUCUCUGGAAUCAGCAAGCCCAUCUCCACCAAGUCACAGCAGCUUAGAUAUAAGUCACAGCCUAAGCAGCUGCACUACUAGGGACAGUGGGGUUGUGUGUGAAGAUGGGGGCAGUAGAGCCAUAUCUGAGGUGAUCACCCGCCUUGAAAAACUAACCACUGCUCCCAUGCACCAUGCAGAGAAGCUCACAAAAUGGCCAAGUGACCCAUAUUCACUAGGAAAUGAACAGAAGUUUUCCUGCCUUAAUGAUAACAGUAAAGAACUAAAAGCUAUCCGGGACCCUGAAACUGUGCCUUAUGAGGACUAUUCCACUUCUCACCACAGCAAGAUGAAAUUCAAUCAUGGUCCUUUACGGAAAGUCAGCCAGACAGACCAAGAUGGUGAAUCUGUACUCAACAGAUCAGAGAAAAAGUCACUAAUGAACUGGGAGAUGAACUGUGACACAGACAUAGAAGGGGAUGAUUUGUGUGAAGCUUCGGUUUUCGAUUAUCAUUCCGUUUCCUCUUCUGAGUCCAGCAGUGAAAUGACAAAUGUUCGGGAACACAGACCAACAAAGCUUGAAGAAAAAUCAGGCAUACUAGGAGAAGGUGAUGCAACGGAUGAAGAAGCACAUCCUGUGUUAAUAAAACUCACCCCAAGACGCAACAAGCAUCCUCUGGGAAGACGUUCUCAAAGGCCUGGGACUGCGCCUCCCUGUGAUGUGGUCACUGAUAGGAGAAAGUUUCACACAGACACACCACACAGGCCUGAAACAGCACAAUGCCAAAGAGAGGGGCUCACUCCUGGGCCUAGUCAAGAGAAGCAUAUAGGGACUACAAUCUCAAGCGCUUUCCCGGAUAUAGUUGCUUUAACAUCAAACUGCUGCACCCCAUGGGAGGAAAAACAGGAUUCUGCAGCAGCAUGCGGUCACAACGAGCAGGUCAGACUGAAGGACCCCGAAUGGGCACAGCAUGGUGAAAAAGACAGGAUUAAGAUCAGUACAAACUGCAGAUCAGUGUCAGAAUGCAAGCUUGUGAAUAUCCAAUCACGUGCUCUAGAGGACCGAUCCUUGAAAAUAAAACAUGAGAACUUAAAGUUACAAAUAAAAAACUCUCAAGUGGAAUGUGACGAUGCAAGUGACCCAUGUAGCACUGUGUAGCAUUCAGUAUGACCUUCUGUUUGAAGGUUUGUCACUUUAAUGCAUGUUUAUGUUUUCACCAAUCUAUUGUUUUUGCUCAUUAUGUAAUGGAAAUUGUUUUCUCAAUCACAAAGAUAAAAUUGACAACAUUAA